AUCAUAAGUAAUGCUACUUCCCAGCCACAAGUCACUAGUCUGCAAUGAGGAGGAUGCAGUACGUAAACACAUUGAUUCUAUGCUUCCUUGCAUUUCUCCCUGAAUCCUAUUGCCUUUAUGCAGCAGAAAAUGAAGACCAUGCAGAUAAUUCCCUCUUUAUACCAAGCAAAGAAAAAGCCAAUGCUCACAGUGGUAAGAGUCAAGAAAACAUUGCCCCCAGCAAUGAGACUGGAGAGGUUAGCGGUCCCAGCGAAGAGGCCAUAGUGCCUAGCUCCACCACUGGAGAUGCUGGAGAGGACAGUGCCCUUAGUGAAAAUGCUGGAGAUGCCAUCUUCUCCAUUGAAGAGACUGAGGAGACCAUUCAAAAAGCCAGUCUCCCCAGAGAAGAUGCCCAAGAAAGCAAUGUCCCUAGUGAAGAGACCAGCAUUCCCAAUGGAGAGGACAGUGCCAUCAGCGAAGAGGCCAUAGAGGCUAGCUUCCCCACAGGAGAGGUCGGAGAUGCCACCUUUCCCAGUGAAGAGUCUGAGGAGACCAGCGUAGAGGACAGUGCCCCCAGCGAAGAGGUCCAAGAAGGCAAUGGCCCCAGUGGAGAGACCAGCAUCCCCUGCUGUGAAGAGGUCAAAGACCCCAGCAUAAAGGCAAGCACCCAAACUGAUAACAACAUAGAUGACUCUGACCUCAGCAGCGAGGCUAGUGCCCCCAGUGGAGAGGCCAUAGAGACUUGCGUCCCCUGCAGCGAUGCCAGACAAGAGAGCGUGUCUAACACCACCACAAGGAUUUAUUCUAACAAUAGCACUCUGUCCUCUCUGAAUAUUGCUGCGGCGAUUCUGUGUAUUUUGAUUCUCACACAAGUCAUCAUAAUCUGUGGAGUGAUGACAUUGAUAUACUGUUAUCGCAAGAAAGAUAAGAACUGUGACAUCGGCCAAGGAGAAAGCCAUGCAGAUAUUCCAUAACAGAAUACACUGGUCUAACAGAGAAGAUGUCAACAAAUAAACUUGUCUUAAGCUGGGUAUGGAUUUAACCAAUUUGUCUGAGCAGCCAUUUGUGUCUGUU